AUGCUUCCUUCCAGAUUUAAAGCUUUAAAUUCAGAUACAUCUGAAGAAAGUGACACUAGUGAAACUCCUGCAGUGACCAAAGAAGCUUUGGAACAAAAAGCUAUAGCCCAGUAUCAAAUAGCACUUCAACUAGAACAGAAAGGAGAAUGGGAACAGACCGAGAAGUUAUUGAGGGAACUUUUAAAAACCGAUAUAAUUUCUCAGAUUACUGGGAAGAUGUCUGGUUCUGGAAUUGUUCAAAGCUCUCUUGUCCAUUUAAAAUACUGUAUAACGUUGAAUCUUGGGCAUUGUCUCGCCCAGCAAAAAAAGAUGGAGAAAGCUUUAAAGUUUUAUAUAAAGGCCACGAAACUGGACAAUAGUGAUCUUAAUUUAUGGUAUCGAAUGGGAAAACUAGCAAUGUCAAUUCCUGACUUACAUUUGGCUGUGUCAUCAUUUGAAGAGGGUUUAAAAUGUAGUCCUAAACAUUGGCCUUGUAUAGAUAAUCUUGUGACUAUUACUUUUGCUCUUGGUGAUUAUAUGGCGUGCCUUUAUUAUAUAUCAAAAGGUUUAAAUAUGGAUGUUGGUUUUUUAAAAGGCCAUUUUUUCAAGGAGAAAAUAUUUAAUUUAUUUCCUAGUUUGAUUAAGGGAUUCAGCAUGUAUUAUCCAAAUUGCCAUUUCCCUCAGAAACCUGAUUCAAUCAACCUUGAUUCAGACAAAGCAAACAAUUUAUUUAAACAAGCAGAACUUUUAAGAGAUAAGGAAAGUGAAAAAUGGCAAACAAAAGAUAUUGAAUCUAAGGAUAUUUUGAGACCUGUAUUUAAAGUAAAAUCAGAUAGUUGGAUUGAUGUUUCCAAGUUACUAUUGUAUCUGUAUGAUAUCACUGAUCAAAACACACCUCAAAAGAUUGCUUUUAGUCCCUUUAAGUUCACUCCUGUUGGUGACAAUGGAGAAACACCAAUGGAGAUUGAUGAUGUUGAAAGUGAUGAUGAUAUUGAAGAAAUUGAUGAAAAAGUUCAGCAACCACCAGAAGUUGAUGAAGAAGAACCAGGUAAGUCUGGAAGAUCUAAUGGAAAUUUAAUAGAAAAAUUAGCAUCCAGCCAAAAACGAAGAUCUGCUCGUGUUAGGAGUACAGUAAGGAGAGAAGAGCCUAGCCUGGCUGAAGCUUUCAGGAAACUUAUCCCUAGUCAUCUAUUGCCUGCAGAUACUAAACGAGAAGGAGAAUGUCUCUCAGAUGAAUUGGAUACAAUGGACUUAUACAAACUGUUAGAAUUAAAGGAAAGUAGUGAAACAAAUAAAGUUGAAAAGUCAAAUGAGAAAGAAAGGACUGAGCGUUUGUUGGAAGAGGGUUAUUUUGGAACAGAAAAUGAAAAAACGGAUGUAGCUUUAUUUAUUGAAGAAAUCGAAAAAUCUGAAAAAAAUAUAGUAGAUACAAUGUACUUGUUACUAAUCAGAUUAUCCGAGAAGUGGAAGCUUCAUUGGCCACAACUUUUAGGAAAUUAUUUUGUACAAAUAAACUUAAUUGUUCAACACUAUUUUCCUGUUGCCAUUCAGCCAAAGGAGGUGCCUUUAAAUUUUUAUGAAGAUGUUAAUAUAUUGUUAUUCGGUGAGCUAUUACUGCAAGAAUGGAUUAGUAAAGGAAAACGAAAAGGUCUACCCAGUCCUUUAGGUUUUAAUUCAUAUGUGGGUGACUUUUCCCCUUUGAAUUUAGGAAAAUUGAAUCAUCAAGCAGCAUUAACAGAUGAUAUAGAUUUUAUUGCAAGGUCUUAUUGGUUGGAAGUUUUGCUUUUUCUACAUUGCGAAGAUAGAGAAGCUUCUGUCAGAGCUUUACAACAGAUAAUUGAUGAUGAGAGAUGUGGAAAAAUUGAAAUCAAAAUCCCUAACGUUACUUACAAUUCUCUAAUUAGUUCAAAAAUUGCUACAACUCUUUUAAAAGCCUUAAAACGGAAUAAAAGUUUAUCGCAAGUUUUGGAUUUGUAUAAUUCUGGAUAUUUUAUUGAAGUCACUGAUAUACUUAGUGAUUCAUUAUCAGUGGAUCCUGAUAACACUGCUACUUGUGACACAAUUUCUCGCUCCAUGCAGUAUGCUAUUAUCUUGGAUUCCUUUUGGAAACUUGCAAAGUUUAAGGAAUGUCUUUAUUGGACUGAAUGUUGUUUACAUGAAUCAUUAAAUCAUUAUAGGAAUGCUUCUGAUGAAGAAGAAAGGCAAGAUUAUGCUAAACUAAUUGUCGAUACAUUAAAGGGCAUUUUAAAUUUGAUUGAAAAUCAAGGUUAUGAAAUUUUCCAAACCCUGGUUAGUGAUAAGUUGUCAAGAUUAGUUCAAACUUUAAGCUCUAUCAUCAAUCAUCAAAUGGAAGCUCCUGAUAAUUCUUCUGAAAUGCCAAUAGAAAGUGUUUCACCUUGGAUUAUCCUCCAUUAUAUUAUUAAGUAUCAUGAAGGGUUGUCAACACAAAACAUCAGAAUGUUGAAGGAAGAUGAAGAAGAAGAGUUGCUAGCUUCUAUUCAAAUACUUUUUGUUGGGCAUGAAUAUCUAGGGAGGCGUUCUUGGUGUUGUUUUGAUGAAGGGGCUCUAUUGUUUCACACUCUUGAAACUGUAUACCCACUAACACAGACUCUUCCUUUAGAAAGUCAAAAUUUAAUUAAUAUCAAUCAGCAGAUAGACCAGAUAUUUUAUUGUCUUUAUGGAAUUCAGAAGAAACAUAAGACAAGACAUAUAGCGGAACAUAAUGUACUUGGACUUGCACUUACCUGGAAUCGUGCACAGCAAAUAUUUAUUUUUACUAGGCCUCGAGAACUGCCUUCUUACGAUACUGUUGGGAAGUGCUGUAUGUCAGCAGAUAACGAAGCAUUGUAUUUGAAGCUUAUUCAGCUGGUUCCAGAUAACUGUAAUCCAAAACGUCUAAUAGGAGAAAUGAAGAAAUAUAUAGAUGGUGAAAUAGAAGAAAUACCGAGGAAUGACUGUGCUCUUCCUGCAGAAGUGGCCGACAUUUAUUUUCUCCUUGCACAUUUCUACUAUAAAUCAAAGUCUUGGGCAAAAGUUUGGCAUUAUAAUUUGUUGGAUGUGUGUGCUAAUCCAACCCGUCAUGCGUCAUGGGCUGGUUUAGCCUUGUCAAGAGGCACAGAAAUAGAAACAACACUUAAUUCAUGUGAGACAAUAAAAAAUGAAGGAAACUUAUUGAAUUCAGCAGCUACUGUUUGCAGAUGUUACAAAAAAUCUCUAGAUUUAGAUCCAGCUCAGAACACACUGUGGAUUGAAAAAGGAACAUUUUCAUACACAAUACACUCAUUUUGCUCUAAUGUUCUCAAGAAGGAACAAAAUUUGAGUAUUGAAAUGUAUCAUACACUUGAAGAACAGAAAGAAUCCAUGCUAGCUACUGCUCUUCAGUGUUUUCUCUCUGCAAAUAAGCUGUGGCAUGACUUCGGUGGUCGAGAUAUACAUGACGAGAGAUGGUUACACCAUUAUAUGUUUGGUAAAAUUGCCAAAAAAAAAGAUGAAGAACCUUCUGUUUAUAUUAACCAUUAUUUAAAGGCUGCAGCUUUGCUUCAUGAUAUUGGAGCCCUAUAUCCGACUAUAAUAACAUAUAACAGUCCUCAGUAUCUUGCAGUUGAAGCUCUGGAGAUAUUCUACAGAGUUCACACAUGCAUCUUAAAAACUCUUGAAGAAGCAGGAGACAAGCCCCUUCCUAUUUCAACUAUAGAAAUAUUUAAGCAUGCGAUAAAUGUUUUGGCUCAAAGUCCAUUUGUCACCCAAGCUAAAGAAUAUACAAGAAAUGAGAAACCUAAGAAAAGCAUUCAAAAAAAGACAGACAGCGGCAGUGAUGAUGACUUGCCAGUUUCAAAAGAUGUAAAAGAUAUGAUACAAGAUAUUCUUGGCAAAGUGGAAAGUGAUCACAGUUCAUCUAAUCCACUAAAAAGAAAGCUAUUACCCAUUAAGGAAGAACCGGAAAAUAUUCAACCAAUGGAAGUAUCUUCUGGAGAAGAUCAAGUGGAAUCUAGUGCUAUUAGCAACAUUGAGAAACCUACCAAUUCAAGUUCUACUUCUGAAACGACCAAGGAUACCAAACCGAAAGGUGAAGAAACGAGUGCUAGUUCCUCUUCUAGCUCAUCGUCAAAAUCGUCAUCUUCCUCUUCAGAUUCUUCCUCUAGUUCGAGUAAUUCAAGUUCUGGAAGUUCAAGCUCAUCUGAUAGUAGUUCAUCUGAUUCUUCAAGUGAUUCUUCUAGUGAUUCUGAUAGUGAAUCAGACAACGAGCCUCCUGCUAAAAAAGUGAAAUUGGAAAUAGAAGGCUGGUCUCAAGAACAACAAUGGCUUGUUGAAAAAUGUAUUGGAGCACUUGAACUAUGCAGAAAAAGAUUUCCAGAACAUUAUAAAUCAACUUACCAUUUGGCUCAUUUCUAUUUUAAGACAAAACACUUUAAAAAUAUGGACAAAGUUAAGGAACUUUUACUUGGACAACAUGGUCUUUUUGCUGAAAGAAAAGCAAGCAAUUUCUUCAAUGGAAUUUGGAGAAUACCCAAUGGAGAAAUAGACCGCCCAGGUAGUUUCGCAUCUCAUAUGGGAAGGUGUACCUUGCUACUAUUAGAGUUUUUGAGAGAAACGAAGGAUUAUAAUAUGUUGUUGGAUUUAGCUAUCCAUCUAAAAAUAGUCCCAGAAGCAGAUAAAAAAUAUUUGCGAGACAAUGAGAGAGAGGAACUAAGUAAAGAAGCAGCUACUCUUUGCGUACAAUCACUUAGAAAAAAAAUGCAAGAAUUAGACAAAGAUAAACUUCAAAAGUUUAUAUUGGAAUUGUAUUAUAUUCAUAAAAGAGCUAACAAAAGCAAUCUUAAGGAACCAAGGUUUAGUUCGAUUCUAAAUGAAGUUUAUCAGAAACUCAUUGACAGCCAAGGUGAAACUUCUUUGGAAAGCGCUGUUCGUUAUUGCCAACAACAAAUUCAAUUGGAGAAGCAGGCUUUGGCCCCUCCCCCAGUGACUCCAACUGUUGCUGUAUCGCAGGCUGCUCCCCAGGUCACCAUACAACCUCAGGCCCAACAUGCUACACAGCAGCCUUUACCAUCAGCCAGUUCUAGUAGUCUGGUUUCUUCAUCAAUUUCAAGUCCUGCAUCAUCACAAGAGAGCUCCACUUCUUUAUUUCAGAGCAAUGUUAAUAUUGGUUUUGCACGGAGAGGAGCUCGUGGGACUACAGGUAGAAAACCACGUGGCCGACCGCCUGGUUCUGGAUUAGGUUCUCGCCUUCCAAGAGGAAUGUCUGUUUCACUUUUGGUAUCUCAACAGACAGAAUUGUUACGCCACUAUGCUCAACAAAAUGCUGAACUAACAAGACAGUUAGCUGCUCAAAAUAUAAAUGUUAAUUCCAACAUGAGUAACCCAAUGAAUACAAACAUGAGUAAUCCAAUGAAUACUACCAUGAGCAAUACAAUGAAUACCAACAUUUCAGCUGCUUUGAGUACCAGUAUGAGCACUACGAUGAAUACCACUGGCCCUAAUGGACAAGUGUUAAAGGAUAGACCAAAUUUAUCUAUCACCCCCUUGAAGCCAUCUGUGCCUAGUCCAUUGAAAAGUGCACCUACUAGUCCUAGUGUGAAACCGAUUAUACCAUCUUCUUCUUUAUCUGUUUCAGUAAGUAAGAAAAGUAGCCCACAAUAUAAAGCUCGGAAAUCAAAUCCUCCACUCCCACCAACUCCUUCAAGUUCAUCGGUUCCAUGGCCUACUGGAGAUGCAUUUAGGCCACUUGGUCUCAGCAUACAGCCUAUUCAGUCUACUCCACCUAAGAAUCCAGUUCAAGAAGUAAGUUUGCAGCAUAAAAUACUUGGUGCUAAGAAAAUCAUUUCUACACCUGAGAAAAGUCAACCUAAAAAAUUAUCGGAACUACCUUUCCCAUCGACUAGUGAACUUACUGUUAGACAAAUAAGUCCUAAACCAAGACCUCCAUUUAUACCGAGGCCAUCACCCCCAGUUCCUCGCAAAGAUGUUGUAAACUCUAUUAGUAUUAUUCCUACAACAUCGAAAAUAGAACCCCCAAAAAAUGUUCUCCCGUCACCUCCUAUUCAAGAUGAAAAACCUAAGCCUGUAAAUAAACCUCCAACUGUAAUACCUAACAUAGACAGUUCAGUAGCUGAUGCGCUCCGAACAUUUGGAAGUACUAUAACAAUUACCACAACAAAUAAUAAAAAACCAGUUAAGAUCCAUGAUGAGAUGUCUAUUACUCCUGUUCAACAAAAAAAGACAAAAAACAUUCAAGAGCCUUGUGAAGUAAUAGUGUUGGAUGAUUGA